UCCACCCAGAGAAACAGGAAGUAGAGUGACAGUAAACAUUGGAAAGCGAUGAGCUCGUGGCAUUUAUUCCAACAGGAGUCUGCUUCGCAGUUGGCGUGACUCUAGAUUCGGACUGCUGCCAUGAAUGUGAAGGGGGAUGAAUAAGAGCCGCGCGGUAGCCUGUGAUGAGCGGUCUGAGUUAGCACCUUGGCCCCUUUUCUACUGGUCCCACUGGGUCCUGGGCUGGUGUCAGUAUGACGGACCAUCUGCCUCCUGCUCUGCUGGAAGCCUGUGUGGUAGUAGGAGCAUCUAGCGACAAACUUAGGGAGGUCUACCAGGCCAUUAACAAUAAUGGAAUUCCAGAGCAGCUUCCGUUGGAGCCGGAGGUACUGCAUGUCCUGGCCCCUCCCUUCGUUAACAGACCACACACUGAGAGUGAAGCAGUGAGGUCACAUGGAAAGAAGCGGCGCACCUUUCUCAGAAAGAAAAGGGAACAACUAGCUCCCAGCCAAGCAGGCGGAAGAGAAGGUAGUGAAGAUGUCAGUGUUACUAAAGACAUCGACCUCAUGGCUUUACCUCAACUCUGCUUCCCGGAUGGGCUCCAAGUAACCAAUGAACAGAAAGAUGAACAAUUCCACUUCCUGGUUUUCACUGAUGUCUUUGGCAACAAGACUCAUGGAGUAGUAAUGCAAUGUUACCGACCAAUACUGGAAGGGACGUCUUUCUUCCAAAAUGGACCUGGGUCCUUUAAGUUUUCUAAACUUUUCUCUGCCUACAGUUUCUGUGUCAUAUCCAAGUAUCCAUACUUCACUGCACUCAAAGACUGUCUGUCAUGUCUGUUAAUCCAGCUAAGAACAUGUUGUUUGUCUGACAUGGAGGAGAUAGUGAAGGAGUUUGCAGCCAAACUGGCACUGGUGCCUGUUCCCCCUCCUGGACAACUACAUUUGAUGUUUACCUUGCGUCCUCUGACCAUUGUAUUACCAUCCAGAGAAGACAAAGACCACCCAGCUAUAGAUUUAGACCUCCAUCUCCCUUUCUUCUGCUUCAGGCCACAGCAACUACUACAGGUGCUAUCUUGUCUCCUGCAGGAGCAGCGGGUGGUGUUAUUCUCUGCUGAUUGGGCCAGACUCACGCUGGUGGCAGAGAGCUUCUUGCUUUUUCUGCAGCCUCUGUCGUGGCAGCAGCCAUAUGUUCCUGUCCUGGCCAGAGGCAUGCUGGACUUUCUCAUGGCUCCUACUGCCUUCCUCAUGGGCUGCCAUCUUAGUCAUUUUGAAGAGGUUGCGGCUGAAACCGAUGAUCUGAUCCUAAUCAACAUUGAUAACGGAAGAGUCUCCACUUCUUAUUCUGAGACUCUUGACCUACCAGAGUUUCCACCAGCUGCUGCAGACUGCUUCACACAGAGGUGUCAGUCCCUGCAGAUACAUUUUGACCUGCAUCAGUGCCACCAUGCGAGCUGCGCUGACAUCAGUGAGCAGCGGGCACAGAGAAGAGCGUGGCAACACAACCUCAACCACAACAUCCAGAGGAUCACACUGGAACUGAUUGUCAACAUAUUCAGGGAUGUCAACAGUCAUCUGAACUAUGAACAUCGAGUGUUUAACAGUGAAGAGUUCUUGAAAACCAGAGAGCCAGCUGAACAGCUGUUUUACAAAAAGGUGUUGGAGACACACAUCUUCCAUUCCUUCCUCAAGGAUCGUCUCAACAGGAAAAUGGACAACUUUGCUCGAAUGGAACUCAGCACUCGUUCUGAGAUGCAGAAGAUGAAGGCCAUGGUUAAGGUCCCACGCAGACCCACCGUGCAGGAGAUUCAAGCCCGGAGUAAGAGCUCUAUUACAGAGAGCAAGCUGAGUAAGAGACUGGGGAUGAGCCUCCCUAACCUCAGAGACGACCAAACUAUCAGUUUCCAAAGAAACACACAGCUGACCAGGAUCAUCUUGUCUGACCCCGUGCUGAGAACUCCUCCUAAGCCGCCAAACGUGUUUAAGCUCCCAGAGUUUCCAGCCUCUCUGUCCUUCAACUCUGUCCAAAAUUAUUACAGUGAGCUGAUCCAGCAGCUUGGCAAAGCCAUCUUCUCGGUCCAAAAUGAGAACUCCACUCUGCUGGCCAGAUUCUACUACUUGCGUGGUUUCAUCAACACAUUGUGUUGGCGGCGACUGGACGCUCUAGGUGAUUUCCAGAACCUCUACAAGACGGACACCGCCAUCUUCCCCACACAGCUGGUCACAUGGCUCGUGGACACACUGCACCGAGACGAGAGGCAGCAAGCUGACAAACGACCUGAACUCAGGAGACUAAUGCUCAAGGUGAAGACAGAGAAUGAGAAGCUGUUGGUGCAGCCUGAUGACCACGUUAAAAAGUUUGCGCUUCCCCGAAAGCAUCUGCUUCAGGAAGAGUUUGUGCGUUGCGUUCAGGAGUGCGGGAUUGUUCAGGAUGUAGCAACCAUACACCGAUUAUUUGACGCUCUUACUGAUGGCCAGCUGAAGCAGGUGGACCCUGAACUCUUCAAAGUCUUCUACACCUUCUGGAAGGAGACGGAAGCCGAGGCACAAGACGUCAACUUGCCCCCUGAGGUCAUCGACCAUCUUGACAAUAGUGAAUGUGUCUACAAAUUGUCAUCUUGUGUCAAGACCUCCCAUGGGGUUGGUAAAAUUGCCAUGACACAGAAACGUCUGUUCUUGCUCACUGUGGGACGACAGAGCUUCCUGGAAAUCACAAAGUUCAGAGACAUACAGAACGUGAAGAUUGCCUCAGCUCCCUUUCUACUUGUGCGUAUUCCUUCCCUUCGUAUCGAGACCUCUGGUAGGCUUGAGGUGUUUGAGGCCAAUCUGAAGACCGAGACGGAACUCUGGAACCUUGUGGUGAAAGAAAUGUGGGCCGGGCGCAAGAUGGCCGACCAGCAUAAGGACCCUCAGUACAUGACUCAGGCUCUGACCAACGUCCUGUUAAUGGAUGCUGUCAUGGGCUGCCUGCAGACACAAAGGUCCGUCAUUGCUGCCUCAAAGCUGGCCUACUUUGAUAAGAUCAAACAUGAAGUACCCAUGAUGGUGCCUGAAACUACCUCAGAGACUCUAAAACACAAGAUCAACCCAUCACUGGACCUGGCUGAACCUCAGACUGUACAUGUGCUGCUUUACACACCAGGUCAGUUGACUUGCAAUGACUCAGAGGGUGAGAUGAACCCGAAACUGUGGGUGGCUCUCAGUGGGGGCAAAGUGGUUGUGUUUGAUGCAGCCAGCUGGUCCAUGCUGCAGGACUGCGUCCAGGUCGGAGAGUCGCAGCUGAACUGCAUGCUGGGAUUGGUCCAAGAGCAGGUGUGGAUUGGCUCUCAGGACUCUGUAAUCUACAUCAUAGACACUCACAGCAUGUCCUGCAACAAACAGCUGACUGAGCACAGACAUGAAGUGACUGGACUUACAGUGGACUCCAGGGAUCAACACAACAGUCAGCAGACAUACUCCUGCAGCUGUGAUGGGACGAUUCUGCAGUGGGACUCGGCCAGUCUCAAAGUGAAGCGACAGCACCACCUCAGCUGUGACCGUCUCUCCUCCAUACAGAUCUAUGAUGGUGCGCUGUGGUGCUGUUGUAGUGACAGCAUUGUGCAACUGAAAAAGAGUGGGACGCCACAAAGAAGAAUGGCACUUCCUGAUGACAUACGGAGCAUGCCCAGUAGCUUCAGCAGCUUUAUCGUCAUCCCAGAGCGAGGUCAGUUGUGGACGGGCUGUGCAGACUCAGGGGAGCUGUGUCUCUGGCACACUAACAGCCACAGACGGCCCUUUAAGAGAAUCUCCCUGCCAGGCACUUCAGGAGUCACCUGUAUGAUUCGAGUCAAGGACCAGAUCUGGGUGGGCUGUCGUGGCCGGAGCGGUGUCGGAGGUCAGUGCGGCGGUCAGCUGAGAAGUCAGGUGUUGGUUGUGGACGCAGAGAGCCACGCUGUGGCUAAGGAGCUGCAGGCCCAUUCAGACUGCAUCCAGACGCUCUGCUCUGCUGAGGACCGCUACGUCCUGAGUGGCUCUGCACGCCACGAUGGCAAGAUCGCCAUCUGGAAAGUCGAGUAGAGAACAGAGAUGGAGAAAGCAAAAGUAAAGCAAGAGAGAAGAAGUAGCAAAAAGGCACUUAUGAGUUAAUACACAAGACCUGAUAAAUGUUUACACUUUGGGUAUUUGACUGUGAUAACAAGAUCUUCCUGUGGGAGGUUGAGCAGAGCAAGAGUGGAGACAGGAGGACAAAAUGAUAAAGAGUGAAAAUGAAUAGAGGUGCAGAGGAAAGUUCUUUUCUUUCUCUUUGUGGAGUAUCUUUUUGUAGAUACAUUUCAAUGGUAAUUGAGUUUGUCUGCUGGUGGCUAAAACAAAAUGGUAAAAGCAGCCUUUAAAAAUGUAAUUUUGAGACUUUAAUGGAUAAGAGAGCCCUUAAACCAAAUAUAUACUGUAUGUGACAGAGCAAAGCAGAUCAUUAACUUAUUGUCAUUUGUGUUUCUUUCUAAAACAUUGAUAAUGAAUGACAUGUUCAUGUAUUAUCAUGUACUGCUGUGUGGAAGCCUAUGUGCAGUCCUGCUCUAGUUUGCUUACUUGUCCAGACAGAUGCAGCCUCCUGUUUCACAGCCUAUUUUAGAAAAUGAUUGUGACAUGAUUCAAUGAAUAGAUUGUGAAUUCCAUGUUCUUGAAGAGAUCAAAUGCAAACUACAACUCUACAACAAGUAAAGAUACAACCUUCAAAACACACACGGCAA